AUGGAUCGAUUUUUAUUAAACAAUCGUAAACGUACGAGUACAUGUGAAGACGAAGAAAUUUUACCAUCAACCAGUCGCGGUGAAACAGCAAAAAAGCGAAAAUGUCGUAAGUAUGAUAAUAGUUAUUUGGAUUUUGGUUUUACGUCAACAGAAAUUAACGGCGAAGAAAGACCACUAUGUGUAGUAUGUAUGAAAGUUUUGGCACCAGAAUGCAUGUUGCCGAGUAAAUUAAAGCGCCAUUUAGAAGCAAACCACAAGUAUAUGAUUGACAAACCUCGAGAUUAUUUUAUUAGAAAGUUAAAAGAACUAAAACAGGAAAAAAGUACGUUUUUUAAGAAUGCAUCAAUACCAACUAAUGCUUUGAUCGCAUCUUAUAAAGUAUCCUAUAGAAUUGCGAAAUGUAAAAAGCCCCAUACCAUUUCAGAACAGCUUAUCUUACCGGCUGCUAUAGAUAUGGUAAAUAUUAUGGUUGGUGAAUCUGCUGGAAAAUUACUCUCAAAAGUGCCUCUGUCCAAUAAUACGGUUAGCCGCAGAAUUCAUCAUAUGGCGGAGGACCUCAAUGAUCAAUUGAUAGAAAAAAUCAAAGAAAGCGAAUUCGGGUUGCAGCUGGACGAGGCUACGGAUACUAAUAAGGAUGCUCAUUUGAUAUGCUAUGUUAGGUUUAUAGAUGGUGAUGACAUGGUAGAAGACCUACUUUUUUAUAAAAAUAUUACAGCAAGCGCUAAGGCUCAGGACUUAUUUGAUAUUCUUAAUAAUUUUAUGUCAGAAAAUAUGUUGGAUUGGACUAAAUGCGUCGGUGUUUGUACUGACGGCGCUCGUUCCAUGUCUGGCAGUUAUGGAGGAUUACAGUCACUUAUUAGAAGCAAAGCCCCUGAUGCACUGUGGACCCAUUGCAUUAUCCAUAGAGAAGCACUUGCGGCAAAAUAUCUGAGUCCCGCUCUGAACCAAGUAUUAGAAUCUGUAGUGAAUGUAGUUAAUUUUAUAAAAACUCGUCCACUGAAAGCAAGAUUUUUCAAAAAAUUAUGUGACGAUAUGGGAGCUGAACACUCAAGUUUGUUGUACUACAGCAGUGCACUUUGGCUCUCUCGUGGUAAUGUUUUAUCACGUACGUUUGAACUACGGCAAGAAAUUUAUAUAUUCCUUAAAGAAGAAGGGCACAAAUAUGCCGAUGAAUUUUCUGACGAAAACUUUUUAAUAAAAUUGGCAUAUUUGUGUGACAUUUUUGAAAAACUAAAUGCAUUGAACUCCUCAUUGCAGGGAAAUAAUACGCACAUUUUGAAGUCGAUGGAUAAAAUGACAGCUUUUAUAAAAAAACUCAAACUAUGGAGAAGACAAAUGAAUGAAGGCACAAGCAAAGAUUCUUUUUCUAUAUUGCAGCAGUUUCUGACCUCUAAUAGAGUUGAGAUUUCUCAAGAUAUGAAACCCAUUUUUGAAGAUCAUUUAUCACAGCUAGUAAUAUGGUUUGAGAAAUAUUUUAAAAAUGAAGACACUGAUAAAUUUGCAUGGAUUCAAGAUCCAUUUAACUCCAUUGUUCCAUCAGAAUUUAUUUCUUCUGAAGAAGAAAAUCUAAUUGAGUUGUCUUGCGACAGUAGUUUGAAAUCAAAAUUUACCAAUAUGGAAUUGACCAAAUUUUGGAUUUCAAUAAAAAAUGAAUAUCCACUUAUAUGUGAAAAAGCUCUUCGUGUUUUAAUUCCGUUUUCUACUUCAUAUUUAUGUGAAGCUGGGUUUUCGGCGGUCGCUGUGAUAAAAAGCAAAUAUCGGUCAAAAAUCAAUGUGGAGAAGGAAAUGAGAGUAGCGGUAUCAAGUUUGAUCCCAAGAUUUGAAAAACUAUGCAGUGAUGUCCAGGCUCAUCCAUCUCACUAA